GACCUCGGCGGGGGACACUAAGCAGCUUGCAUUCACUAUGAAAUGCACGACGGAGGAAGGCAGUGUGCUGCACAAUCGCUCGAAGGACGCAACCGACAACUCCACUGCAACUGAUCCGCUCGGCGCGCCAGGCGUGUGUGAGUUCCAGCCACCCACUCCAGGAGGAGCUGAAGAAACGCCUGAACGCCAAACUCAGGAGCAGCCACCAACAGGCCAAGAAGCAGGAAGAACACUGGAGGCGCCUGCGGCUCCGUCAACACCGUCGGUGGCGGACAGGGCAGCAGAUAGACCCGGAGGUACACAAACACCUUCAACCCCCCGAGGCCGAUCUGGCACCCCCAACGCCGCCCCUUCCGCCGGCGGCAGCGAUGCAACCACCACCACAGCGGCGACCACCCCCAGUCCGAGUGCUGGGAGCCACGCAAAAAGCAACGCGGACAGCAGCGCCAUCAACACUCUGCUUGUGCGUGCCCCAUUGAUGUUGCUGCUCACGGCUGCCCUUGCCUGCGCUGCUGCGUAA